AUGGCGGCCGGGCAGGCGCACACGGCCGACCGCAACACGAUGGGCGGCGCCCAGGGGCGCUUCUGCCCGGGCGGCGGCGGCACACGGCGGGCGGCUCAGCUCCGGGCGAGCGUGGCCCCAGGCGGCGCGGCUCGGCGGAGCGGAGCGCGGGAGCCAGAGCGGGAGCUGGCGGCGGCUCAGGCGCUGCAGGUGGACGCGGAGUGCGCGAGCGCCGGGCUCAGGCGGCUGGCGGCCAUAGGCGCGGGGGUGGCGCGCCAGCAGAGCGCGAGGGCGGCGCGUGGGCGCGCAGGCGCGGGCGCUCUGCAGGCGGGCCCGGCCCGAGCGGCGGCCGCAGCGGUGCGGGCGCGCAGGCGGAGUGCGGUCCAGGAGAGCGGCCUAGGCGCGCAGGCGACAGAGCGGCUGCGCGCGGGCGUUGGGGCGAGCGACGGCAAGGGCGGCCAGCAGUGCGGCACGCGCGCGGGAGCUGGAGUUGACCAGCGUUAUCUCCUUCCCUCUCUCUCCUUUAUCCUUUCUCUGGUGCUCAUCCUCUUCCAGGGCGGCGCCCAGGGGCGCUUCUGCCCGGGCGGCGGCGGCACACGGCGGGCGGCUCAGCUCCGGGCGAGCGUGGCCCCAGGCGGCGCGGCUCGGCGGAGCGGAGCGCGGGAGCCAGAGCGGGAGCUGGCGGCGGCUCAGGCGCUGCAGGUGGACGCGGAGUGCGCGAGCGCCGGGCUCAGGCGGCUGGCGGCCAUAGGCGCGGGGGUGGCGCGCCAGCAGAGCGCGAGGGCGGCGCGUGGGCGCGCAGGCGCGGGCGCUCUGCAGGCGGGCCCGGCCCGAGCGGCGGCCGCAGCGGUGCGGGCGCGCAGGCGGAGUGCGGUCCAGGAGAGCGGCCUAGGCGCGCAGGCGACAGAGCGGCUGCGCGCGGGCGUUGGGGCGAGCGACGGCAAGGGCGGCCAGCAGUGCGGCACGCGCGCGGGAGCUGGAGCUGAAAAGUAA